AUGGCGCACCCCCAAAGCCUGUUGAGGGUCUGCAUUUUAUCUUUCCCAUUUCUCUACAAACGGAUGGGCAUGGAUCCAGGCAUACAACUAUUGCUCUCUUUUCUCUUUUUGGGACUACAGAGUAAUGCCCUAACCCAUUUAACGUUGCGCCCACUCUACGGUGUGUGUGGGCAUAUUCUUUUAUACAUUGCAAUAGAAGCGACAACGAUGCUGCUCUACGAUGGUGCAACUCUUUUGGUGCACUUUGUAUUUUUCACUUGGGUUGUGUUUUCCAGUGCGCAGAGUGUGUUGCAAGAAAUAAAAUAA